AUGUCUCUUACAAACUGGAGACAGUUCCCAUUCUUCGAAUGUGUCCCGAUCCAGGACCCGAACUACGGCACGGCGAACGCGCUGUACUCUGCUGCGGGUGUGAGUGCCAUUGCCGCCACGCCAGACCUGCUUGUUCUCGCCUCGUCGCAGGCUUCCAUUAAACUGGUCAAUAGACAGUACGAGCCGGUGUUCGAGUUCCAGGCGUACGAUCUCGGCUGGGACAUCACACGGCUGGUGUUUGUGCCGUUUGGAGGAGCCGGCCACUCGGGUUUCCUAUGCUCAAUUGCCGAAAAACAGGGAUAUCCAUUGACUCUCAAGCUGUGGGACCUGCCGAAGCUGGAGCAACUAAAAAAGAUCGACUACAACAGCGACUACCACUCGCUCUGCCAGGUGACGAACGGGACGAACGACUUUCCAUUGACCUGUUUCGACGCCACAGCGGACUUCACGGUGCUGGUGUUUGGGUUUGCGAACGGAACGGUUAUUGUGGUCAGAGGCGACCUGCUCCACGACAGAGGGUCUCGACAACGAGUCGUGUACGAGUCACGGGACCCGAUCACGAGCGUCCACUUCCGCGACGAAGGCAUGCUCUACGUGUCUAACGUGUCGACAAUAAUGACAGUCCCAACCACAGGCAGAAACCAGGGCCGGCCAGACCGGGUUCUGGACGAGUCCAUGGGUGUGGACAUCAACUGCAGCGCCAUGCUCGAGGACAAGAAACGCAACUUGGUGGUUGCCCGCGACCGGAGUCUGCAAUUCUACAACUUGCGCGGGAAGACACACAAUCUCCUGCUAGACAUUCCUAAACGACGCAUAUUCGCAUACAAAGACAGAUACGUGGUGAUUGAGGCCAGCGUGAGCUCAAACCUGACCUCUGCUUCGUCCAUUGUCACAAACAAGCUUGUUAUCGUGGACGUGAUCAACAAGUUCAUUGCGCUGAACCAAACGAUCUCCAGUUCUGUGGUUGAUAUUCUCACUAUGUGGGACGAUCUGUACGUGUUCACGUCCGACGGGUUGCUAUUUCAGCUGAAAGAAAAAGAACUUACCGACAAACUGAACAUUCUAGUACAGCACGAGCUUUUCAAUUUAGCCAUCAAUCUCGCAGAAAAUGAAAAUUGCAACACACAGAAGCUGCUCGAGAUCCACAAACAGUAUGGAAAUCACCUUUACGAGAAGGGAGAGUUUGAAGAGGCAAUCAAACAAUACACGGAGAGCAUCGAUCUGGGAAAAACCAGUGAGGUGAUACAGAAGUACAAAGAGAGCUCGAAGAUUCCGUAUUUGGUUGAAUAUCUUGAGAAACUGAUACAGCUGGGGAAGUCAAAGAUCGACCACACAACCCUUUUGCUCUGCUGCUACUGCAAACUCAAACGGCCAGAGGCAGUGCUUAAUUACAUUGAGAACGUGCCUAUCAACGAGGACUUUGAGAUCACGGAUCCCUCCAAGCAGUUUGGCAUGCCCACCGUCAUCCGCACAUGCAGAGAGAGCGGGUACUACGUCCUGGCUGCCAAUAUCGCCAAAAAGUUCAACGAUCCGUCCACGGUGGUCGACAUACAGCUGCACGACAUGAAAAACCCCAGCCUGACGAUGAAAUAUAUCCGCACCUUACCCGUUGACGAUCUUCUCCGCGUCUUGAUCGAUAAGGUGAAAUGGUUUUUGGAUAGUCUCCCAAACGAGUGCAACUUGCUUCUGAUUGAUGUUUUCACGGGGAAAUAUAGCCCAGAGCCCGAAUUCGACCUUGAAGACCUUGCAGUGGCUCCGAAUACAAACGCCAACCACCCUAUCCUGACCUCGUACAAGCAGUUUGUGGCUUUCAUGAAUUUGGCAGACAACGAGGAGCCGCAAGUUACACAGCCGACGUAUCUUCCUCCACGGCCGCGCAUCAUCUUCCAGUCGUUUGUAGACCAUCCAAACGAAUUUGUCAUCUUUCUGGAAGCCUGCAUUGAGAGCUACGAUAAGUUUGGUGGUGACGAAAAGGACAAAAAGGAUAUUAUGGUGACGCUAUACGAGAUGUACCUCACCAUGUCUAAAAACGGGGACGGCGAGACCAAAGCCAAAUGGCAAUCAAAGGCCAAGACUCUGCUGGAAAACAUCCAGAAAAACGGGUGGGAUCUUGAGGACCAGACCAAUUUGUUACUGCUGUCGAAUCUGGGAGACUACGCAGAGGCAGAAAUCUCUAUCAGAGAGGCCACCGACGACUCCGCUCAAGGAUUUGAGCUGGAUAUGUUCAGAUCGACUAUUUUGACAGGUAAUUACCAAAAAUCGAUGGAGGUCAUUGAGAAAUACGGCGACAAAGAGCCCGAUCUAUACAAGCUGGCACUAUCUGUAUACACAUCAUCUGAGGAAAUAUUCAACCGUGUUGGAGAAGAGAAAGUGGCCGAAUUGAUAUGGAAGAUCGACUCGCUUAAACUGAUGACCCCGUUGGAAGUGGUGAAACUCCUUGGUAUGACCUCGUUUGUUAAGCUCGGGCUUAUCAAGAGCUAUCUGAUCGAGCAGAUCCGUCGGCAAAAGCGUGAUAUGGAAAACAACGAGAAGCUGAUCGACUCGUAUCAAAAGGAGGCGUCCACAGUCGCAGAACAGCUUUCAAAACAAAACACAGAGCCGCAGGUCAUCAAUCGAUCCAAGUGUUCUUCCUGCAACCGGCCAUUGUCCUUCCCAUUAGUGCAUUUCAGAUGCUCUCAUUCCUACCAUGAGAGCUGUCUGACAAACGAGUUCUCCCAAUCUUCGUCCAGCGACCAAACAUGUCCCAAAUGUUCCGGAGAGCUGGAUACAAUGACCAUCCUCACUAAACAGCACGAGGAGGUCGGAAAACGCAACGAUCUCUUCAAAGCCAGCUUGUUGGAUAGCACCGACAGGUUCAAGGUGAUGAUGGGAUUUUUCGGUCGCGGUGCGAUGCAGGAAACCAGGACGAUAUGGCACGAUAAAUAG